AUGGAGCUCCAGGGCAUGCUGCAGCAGAGACUUCUCAAGAUCUUCAAGAAUAGAACAGAUAAUGAGAAACACGCUCAACGCGAGAAUGCCAUGUUUACCCCCCAGAAUGAACUUGGACUGCCGUUCAAUUUCGGCAGCCUGGACGCUCAGGGGAAAGAUCUGAUCUCCUUUUUUUCAACCCGUUUAAUUUUCCCCCGCUCGCCCCAGAAGGUAGGGGCUAAAAGCGAGCCGUUUUUACAAACAUCCCUAAUCGGUGUCAUUACUACAAUCACUCUGGGUAUUCGCUCCUACCUUCUCCCUCGCUUCUCCAGUGGUAGAAAAUCUUUCUUCUCAGCUCCUCGGCCUCCAACCGAUGGGGAACAACUGAGCCAAGCUGCGCCAGAGCUGCGCAACAAUCUAAAGGGUAGCACAAGAGGAAACCUUUGCUAA